UUGUAUCAUAGGUGUAGAUACUUUUUUCAUUCAGAAGUUGACAGCUGUUUUUUUUUAUUUCUCUAGGACUAUGAAAUCGUUUAGAUUUUCGUGAAAGUCAUUCUCAUUUGAGGUUAAUAAUAGUUGUAAUUAAAAAUUGUAAAAGGAAUAGUGUAAAGUGACGUGAGGGUGAUAAUUCCUUAAUAAUGGAUGCCGAACAAAUUCUUAGAUACGACAUUAAACAGUGUUUAAAUUUGAUUGUGAUUGGUAAAGAGGCAGACAUUACUGAAGGAUGGAUUAAACUUAAAAAAUUAGAAAGUGAGCCAGCGUACAAGCAGUUAAAUAAUUAUGAAAGUAUUUUGAGAGAAAUACUUAAUGGUGAGAUAUUUAAUGUGCACGAAGUUCCAAGAAUCAUGACCUGGUUCGCGAAGUAUUUGACAGAGAAACCAUUUUUUGUUAAUCUGAUUUCAAAUGAUAUUGCAACUAUGUUAAGAAAGACAGUAAUCAGUGACAUGUCGAAUUUAACGAUGAUACUUCAGACCUUAUUGGACCACAGUGUAUUCUUGCCGGAGUUGGCAAAUCAUUCUAAGCUUUGCGAAGCAAUUGUUGUCAGUCUGUCUACAUUCUCGAUGCCACCCGAUCCAAAAAAGAUAUCGGAAUUCACCGACAAUGCAACCAAAGUUCAAAAGUUUUUGGAAACAGUACAAACGCAGUCUAAGAAUGUUGAGAGUAAUAAUUUAAUUUUUAUAUGUCUUCAGACAUUAUAUAGAAUUAUAUCGGAUACGACACGUAAACAAGCUUGUGGACCUGGUUUGGCAGCUAUAUUGCAGCUGGUAGACCCAUCUUUUAUACCUCAAGCUGUAAAUUGGAUUCUUUCUGAAUCCUAUUGUGAUGCGGAGUUAACUCAAGCUUUAAAGGUGUUGUGUAAUUGGCUUCCAAAAUGGAGGGGUGAUCGUCUAAGUAUUUGGAUUAUGGAAUUUAUAUUUGGCUUAGAAAAGCAACAUAAACAUUCUGUACUCAUUGACGUCACAAAGGCAUCCCUUGAUGUAAUGUUUCGUGCUUUGUUAGUGCCAGUGAUUCGUCAGCAUGCUUCCAUAGUUGUGUUUCAUAUUUUGAAAAGGCAAGGAUCUCCAUGCCUGUUUCGAGCUAUAGGGAGGAACAUGCAAACAGCCAUAACGUUUUUAAUGAAAGAGGAUUCUGAGUCUAGCAAAAAAUGCAUGCAAGACUUGGUUGAUAUUAUGAAAAUACUUAUGUUAAGGUUCCCAGGUCAACGUAUGUGUAAUAAUUUAGAUAAUUGUUUUCCAAUGCAACUCAAUACACAUAUUGUGAAGGAAUUAGUGACUGAUCACCUUUGGGUGGAAGAAAUGGAAGAGGUUGAACCACUAAUCGAAUCACCAAAAACACAGUCUGGAAAAGUUGGGCUGUCGAAUCUUGGAAACACAUGUUAUAUGAAUAGUGUAUUACAAGCACUGUUAAUGACCAGACAAUUUUGCUACGAAGUAUUAAUGUAUAAGCCUUCAAACAAUACAAAUGACCAAGUUGUACUUAAAAAGUUACAAAAGCUGUUUACACUUUUAUUGUAUUCAAACAGGAUUUCAUUGGCACCAACUGAAAUUUUAUUAGCUUCUCGUCCAGCAUAUUUUCUGCCAGGCCAACAGCAGGAUAGUUCAGAAUUCCUCUGUCAUCUAUUGGAUCUACUUCACGAGCAAGAAAAAACUACUAGCAUACCAUGUGAAGCAACUGAUUCCAAUCUGAAAUACAAGGACGAUAAGGAAACAAAUGAUGUCACAUUAAUAAAUGAGGAAGGUGGUACUAUUAAGCGUUGGACAACUGAAGAAGAUUUAACAGGGAGUAUAGCAUUGGAAAGGAAAACACAAUCACUUGCUGAUUUUACAGAUGGAGAAGAUUUAGCACAAAUACAGCAGCUUAGUGAUUCUCAUUCAGACUCGACAGAUAGUGGUAUACAGUCUGUAGGUGGGGAGGAUACGACUACGCAGGUACCUCUUGUGCACAGGGUUCUGGGAGGGAAAUGUAAAAUUACUUACCAGUGUGCUCAGUGCGAUACCAGUUCCCAUAACACGGAUAAGUUUCGUGAUUUACAACUGUGUUUCCCAGAAGAGAUACAAGAGAACCAAGAAGUCUCCGUGCAAGACCUCAUUAACUACUAUCUAACACCGGAGAAGCUAACCGGCGAGAACAAAUAUCGAUGCGACAAGUGUAUGAAACUGUGCGACGCGCAAAGGAUUAUAAAAAUCCUGCACACACCGACUUACUUGAUCCUGAUAUUGAAGCAUUUCCGUUACGAUUUUGAUACCAGGUUACGAACGAAACUCCGGCACAAAGUAAUGUAUAACGAGACGAUACAGUUACCUGUAUCGUCGUCAUUGUGCACAACCAACGAAACUUACCAGCUAUAUGCUGCUGUCGUACACUCGGGUUACAGCGUGGAUUAUGGUCAUUACUUCACGUACGCCCGUGAUUCGAAGCAGAACUGGUACAAGUUUAACGACAGCUACGUCUCUCAAACGACUUUCAACGACUUCAGGGACUUGAAACCACCUGAUACGCCGUAUAUAUUAUUUUAUGAAAAAUCGGUACCUUUUGACGGAAUUUACGAGGAAGAUAAACCGGAGCUGUCGACGCUGAGCAAACAGUUACAGGAGCUCGUGGCGAACGAUACCACCGCUUACAUUGAGGAAUUGAGGCAUCAGGCUCAGAAGUCUCAGCGUGGCCAACAGAACUCCAUAUUGUUACGGAGAAACGAAAACUCCGAUGACGAGAAUCCUCCUCCUAGUAGCUGUCGGGGCGCCGUUAAUGUGCCCACGAGUCGGUUUCUUUAUUAGAUUAAUUUAAUAUUUAUAUAAUAUAUUCUUUUAUUAAAAUUAAUGUUCCAAGGUGAAUUUGUAAUACAUUUUCCUUACAAUGGCAGGAAGGAGGCGAUAACGUUCCUUUGUAAUU